AUGAAUGGUAACGGAAGCAUUGAAAAUCUGGAAAUUCUUAAAGGAGCAAAAGGAAAUAUUAGUUUGAUAGUUACAACUCUUGAAGUGAAAACUCUUGAAACAAAGAUUGACAUGAUUGAAAAUGCGAGCAAAGAAGCGCUUACACCUCUUGAAAUAAAGAGAUUGGAAAGAUUAGAAAAUCAAUUCUAUAAAUUUUCCGAAGAUAUGGGACAUAUAAAAGCACUCUUAACGAAAGUCUACAGAAAUAAUGUGUUGGAUAUCGCAAACUCAUAG